AUGGGUCUUUGCAGUUCAUGCGAGUCGACAUCUGUGGCAACGGCGAAGCUGAUAUUACAAGAUGGGAGAUUACAAGAAUUUUCGUACCCAGUUAAAGUCUGGUACGUGUUGCAAAAGAACCCAUCUUGUUUCAUUUGUAACUCGGACGAAAUGGACUUUGACGACGCGGAGGAAAUGGCGGCAUUGGCGGUGAAAGCGAGCUCUGCAUUGACGAAAAGUGGUGGUGAGAAAUGUGGGUGUCGUCGGCAUAGUUUUUCUCCGGUGUUGUUAACCGGAGAGAAGGGUGGUAGGUCAUCGAGAAGAGUGGCUGAUGUCUGUGGUACUGGGUUGAGAUCAAGAGGGAGGAGUAGCGCUGCUGGUGGCGGCGGUGGAAUAAGACGGAAUUUUGAAGAUAGGUUGAACGCAAUACCAGAGUAG